AUGGAAGAGCUGACCGCUUUUGUAUCCAAAUCUUUUGACCAGAAAAACAAGGAAAGCGGCUGCGGCGGCGGCGGCGGCGGCGGCGGGGGCAAGAAGGACUCCAUUACCUACAGAGAAGUUUUGGAGAGCGGACUGGCGCGCUCCCGGGAGCUGGGGAGCUCGGAAUCCAGCCUCCAGGACAUUACGGAGGGCAGCGGCCACUGUCCGGUGCAUUUGUUCAAGGAGCACGUGGACAACGACAAGGAGAAACUGAAGGAGUUCGGCACGGGGAGGGCCGCGGAAGGUAUCUACGACUGCAAGGAGAAGCGCGAAGACGUGAAGUCGGAGGACGAGGACGGGCAGACGAAGCUGAAGCAGCGGCGGAGCCGCACCAACUUCACGCUGGAGCAGCUGAACGAGCUGGAGCGGCUGUUCGACGAGACGCAUUACCCGGACGCCUUCAUGCGCGAGGAGCUCAGCCAGCGCCUGGGGCUCUCGGAGGCGCGCGUGCAGGUUUGGUUCCAGAACCGGAGGGCCAAAUGCCGAAAGCAAGAAAAUCAGAUGCAUAAAGGCGUGAUCCUGGGCACGGCCAGCCACCUGGACGCGUGCAGGGUGGCGCCCUACGUGAACAUGGGCGCCCUGCGGAUGCCGUUCCAACAGGUCCAGGCGCAGCUGCAGCUGGAAGGCGUGGCGCACGCGCACCCGCACCUGCACCCGCACCUGGCGGCGCACGCGCCUUACCUGAUGUUCCCGCCGCCCCCCUUCGGGCUGCCCAUCGCGUCGCUGGCCGAGUCCGCGUCCGCCGCCGCCGUGGUGGCCGCCGCCGCCAAGAGCAACAGCAAGAACUCCAGCAUCGCCGACCUGCGGCUCAAGGCGCGCAAGCACGCCGAGGCCCUGGGGCUCUGA